AUGCCUACACGAUCCGGACUUCGACUAUCCCGACCUAUUCCUCCCCCAACUUGCAGUCAUUGUGGCGCACGAGGUCACAUCAACACAGUGUGUCCACGAUCCUCCUACUCUCCUGUUAUCCCAGCCCUCACCUGCCCCCACUGCAUCCGAACAGUCAGAAGUAGACAGAGUAACGAGCCAGACGGUACGCAGAUAGUGGUUACGAUAGACCCCUGCGAUACACACUCCUCUCCUGUCGUCAGACCGUCUCCCUCUCCCCCUCACACCCCUGCUGCUCCUACAGCACCUGUGGUUCUUCCUCCUCCUCCCCCUCGACCUGUCGUUCCGGUAACCUCAGCACAUGUUCCAGUUCCCGCUCCCGCUCCGGCUCCGGUUACUGUACCAGCUCCGGCUACUGUUCCUGCUCCUGUUCCGGCUGCCGCUCCUGUUCCAGCUCCCGCUACAGCUCCCACCGGUCCUGUUCCGGCCCAUUAUCCUGGUUCGAGCCGCACCUUCACCAUCGACGGAGAAGUUUCAAAGUACGACAGGAUCCUGGCACGUGUCCGGAAUGGUGCUACGAAGAAGGAGGCACUCGCUGCAGAGGGGAUAUCUGAGUCCUUUUUCGGCAGGAAGCGCUGCAUAGCAGAGGCAGCGAGGAUUGACCUACCUUCUCUCCGACAUGGUCUCCUCCAGCUGAUAAAUCCCACGCUUAAAAACCUUCUACCAGUGGCCAGGGAUAUCUGCAACCGGAACCAAACUGUGCUUCGCACACUCCACGCUUCAGGAGAAGCACUCCCUCCCAAGAGGAUAUACUGA